AUGAACGACUCUUUGGUAGAGUCUUUAUCACUCCAGAAACUUCAUGGUCUGACCGAUAUUCAUCAGAUUAAGGAGCAAUUGGCUAUUUUGAAGUUGGAAGAAGCUAAUGUCGAUGCUGAUCUGGACUCUAUCCUUCAAGGCCAACAUCAACUGAAUGUCACUCUGGACAAACUAGAAUUGUUGAGACCACAACUGCAUUCGUUACGCACAGAUACUGAUGGGUUACUAAGAGUCAUUGACAAGACUUGGAGUAUUGCCCAGGGAAUCAGCGAUAAAGUCAGGCAACUGGAUUUGGAGCAAUCGAGAGUUAAAACCACUUUGGAGCUGCUUCAUGACAUCCAAGAACUCAAGAUCUGCGCAUAUGGUGCUCACAUGGCAAUACUAGAGAAUGAUUAUGAAAUGGGUGCAUCGUAUAUUCACAAAUAUCUGCAAUUCAAUGUGGUUCCUAUUCAGGAAAUAUUCACCAUAACUACUCUCCCACCAGAAUCUACCAACACACUUUCCAAUCCUGAUUCGUCAAUCACUAAUAUCCCUUCAAAUCCUGAUACCGAUACGCUUGGGCUUCUUGGUCCUUCCCCAGUUACUCAAUUAGAAUCCGCUCAGGCUACUUUGACAAAUAUGGUCAUGGAAGCAUUUGAAACGGCCGCAUGCAAUGAUAAGCCUGAUGGUAUUGUAAGAUGCUUUAAGCUAUUUCCUCUGAUAGGUAAAGUAGAUUUAGGCUUGGAUUUGUUUUCUGCGCAUAUCUGUCGCACCGUAUCUCGUAGUUGUCAGGAUGGUAUUCGUGCUGCAAUCGAAGCCGGAAAACAAAAAAUGGUUUAUGUCGAUCUUCUUACCAAGUUAUUCGAGGCCAUUGCAACCAUGAUUGAUCGUCAAAUCGAUCUAGUAGAAACAUAUUAUGGACCUGGUCGUAUGUUGCCCGUAAUGGUUCGUCUUCAGCGUGAGGCUGAUAUUCAAUCUUCUAUUAUUUUGGGUGGUCUCAAAGAAACUCUCCAACUAGAACGAAAGGUCAAGGAAAUUCAGCAGUAUGAGAAUCAAAAUAGGCGCAAACCGCAGAAAGGCACAUCAAAUCUAACCGAUACUCAACAAAUGCAACCACCCGUGGAUCCGCGCGAAUUAGACUUGAUUCUUGGUGAAAUCACUACAGUGUGUCAAAAGGCAUAUUAUUUUGACCGAUUCUUGCGCAUGCGUGCAUCGGACCAAGUCAAUACUCUCAAAGCAAAUGCUAGCAGCGAUAGUCUUUCUGAAAACGGCAAAGAUGGGCUUAUGCCAACAAGCAGCUUAAAUGAGCAGAUCCAUAUAUUUAUUGGAUACUAUAUCUCUAUCGAGGAUUACUUUAUACGUCAGAGCAUUGAAAAGGCACUAAAGAUUGAUGAGCAUGAUGCUGCAAGUCUCACUUCUAGUUGUGUGGAUGAUGUGUUUUUUAUCCUUGAAACAAGUAUUCGUAGAGGAGUCUCUACUAGCAACACGGAUUGUCUAGCUGCUCUCAUCAACUCUAUUGAUCGUCUUCUUGAAGUUGAAUUUAUAAAUGUUUUGCAGCGUCGUCUCUCGCAAGCCUUUACAAACAGCAGCGGAGGCAUUGGCUUAUCUGGAACUUCAGGUUCAAAUCAUGGCAGCGCAUCUGCAGAUCCAAAACAAAUGUUUAUUGUUACAUUGAAUAACAUUGGUGUCAGCUGCGAAUAUACCAUCAAGCUGGCCAAGGAAGUAGAAGAACUGGUCAACAAAACUUUUGGAGGAGUCACUCAAAGGGACCAUGAGAAGAUUAAAAGUUGUUUGGAUGUGUUGACUGAGCACGCACACAAAUUUCAAAACAUUUUGCAGACUUGGAUUGAAAACUUUUUCAACCAAACCGUGAAACCCAGAAUUCGUCCACUUAUGCAGACAGUCUACUCUGACACCAAAUAUAUCUUGUCAGAGGAUGAAUACAACCAUCACGACGCGACCCAGACGUUUCUCAAACGAUUUGCCAAUGCUUUUACCAAGCUUGUUGCUUCCUACAAACAGUCUCUCACUGAAAGCAACUAUGGGUUGAUCAUUAACUUGACUGUAGAAAGUAUCGUCAAGGAUUUUGAGCGGUACAUUUUAGCAUCAACCACUGCUAGCGGAGGUUCUGCAGGUGGUAAUGGGGUAGCAGGUACUCCUGGUGUAAAGUUCAAUCAGUUGGGUGCGCUAAGAUUUGACAAGGACGUUAGAGGCAUGACGGCAGUUCUGGCUGAUACCACACAGUGGAGCAUGCGUGAUAAAUUUAAUAGACUAAGCCAGAUUUCUAUGGUGUUGAACGUCGAGUCAGUUGAAGAGGUCUACGAGUUUUGGGGUGUCAGGGCUGGACCUAUCAGCUGGCGUUUGAGUUCUUCCGAGGUUCGCAAAAUUCUUGGUCAAAGAAUUGAUUUUUCUGCUGAUGCUAUUGCCAAGUUGAACUUGUAAAAGCAUUACUUGGUUUGACUUUUUUGUAAUACAAGGAAGCUUGACAAAUAUAAUCAGAAAUACUUGAUUUAUAAAAAAAUUACACCU